AGCCAUGGUACUGUGUAGGUUGUCAACUACGGGUUUGGUUACUGUUGCUGCUGCAAUGACAACAUCGGCUGUGGACGAUGAGGGUGAAUUUGGUCCUUUAAUUGUCAAGAUAUGAGUGUGUGCGUGCGCGCGUGGUGCGUGUGAGGGCGUGUGAGUAUGCGGGGACAGCCACCACAGCCUGCACCCACAAGCCCCCGCCAGGGACACGACGCCAGCCCGCUACAUGCCUCCCACUAGCCAGGACGCCCUCUGCUGGCCACGUCUCUGCCACCAUUUGUCUUCAUGAAGAUUCCUGACAUCGGUGAUGUGAUGAAUAAAUUUGAGGUCCUUGGGAUUGUAGGUGAAGGAGCCUAUGGCGUGGUCCUGAAGUGCAGGCACAAGGAGACAAAUGAAAUUGUGGCCAUUAAGAAGUUCAAGGACAGCGAAGAGAAUGAGGAGGUCAAGGAGACCACGCUGCGGGAGCUUAAGAUGCUGCGCACCCUCAAGCAGGAGAACAUCGUGGAGCUGAAGGAGGCGUUCCGUAGGAGGGGCAAGCUCUACCUGGUCUUCGAAUAUGUGGAGAAGAACAUGUUGGAGCUGCUGGAGGAGCUUCCAAACGGCGCCCCACCCGAGAAAGUGAGGAACUACAUCUACCAGCUCAUCAAAGCCAUCCACUGGUGCCAUAAGAACGACAUCGUUCACAGGGACAUCAAACCUGAAAAUCUCCUUAUCAGCUCUGAUGAUGUUCUCAAGCUCUGUGAUUUCGGUUUCGCCCGCAACCUCUCCGAAGGCAGCAACGCCAACUACACCGAGUAUGUGGCCACCAGGUGGUACCGUUCCCCAGAGCUGCUGCUGGGGGCCCCCUACGGGAAGGCGGUGGACAUGUGGUCGGUGGGCUGCAUCCUGGGGGAGCUCAGUGACGGGCAGCCCCUCUUCCCCGGAGAGAGCGAGAUCGACCAGCUGUACACCAUCCAGAAGGUUCUGGGGCCGCUGCCCCCCGAGCAGAUGAAACUCUUCUACAGCAACCCCCGCUUCCACGGCCUGCGGUUCCCUGCUGUGAGUCACCCUCAGACCCUGGAGAGACGUUACCUGGGGAUCAUCAGCGGGUUGAUGCUGGACCUGAUGAAGAACCUCCUGCUGCUGGACCCUUCGGAGCGCUUUCUGACUGAGCAGAGCCUGAACCACCAUGUCUUCCAGACCCAGCGCCUCCUGGACCGCACCGGCCCCCCUUCGCCCAACCCAGCUCGCUCUUCCAAGAGGAAAUCCCACCACAGCGAGAAUAACACGUCCACAAGGGGCCUUGGGGGCAAGAGCUCAGGCCACCACCGGUCCAACAGCAAGGACUGCUCCAGCCUGCCCCGGCAUGAGGACCUGCACCACGGCAACGACGGCUUCCUUAAUGGCAACCUGCCCCCGCCAGCUAGCAUCAGCCCCACGCUGCACCCCAAGACCUACCAGCAUCAGUCGCUGAACCGCUCUGCCUCCUGCAGCAAGGACAUGGGCAACAACAACCUGCCCCAGCUGCUUAGUCCCAAGGAAGCCAAGGGCAAGAGUGAGUUUGACUUCAACGUGCCGUCCAAGGGCAGCGAUGGCCCGGCGGGUUCCAAGUACUUGAAGUCCAACUCGCGCUCACAGCAGAACCGGCAGUCCUUCGUAGAGGGCAAGACGAGCACCCUCCAAACCGGGGAGAAGCGCAGUCGGCACGGCUACGUGGAACCCACACAUGGCUCCAUGCCGACCACCACCAAGAGCUCCGCCUCCUACCUGAACCUGUCCAAGAGCCACGGGGCGCUCAGCGAUGCCAAGUCCGUGGGCAACCUGAACGAGGCGCGGUUGCACCCAGAUGAGCCCACCGGCCCACGCUACUUCCCCUCCAGCUGUGUGGACCUGGCGGCCCCCGGCAGCCCAUCGGGUCGCCACGGCGACCGACCCGCCGUCAGCCCUUCGGGACGGGGCAACCCUCGCCUGGAGGGCGGCACCCUGGACUCCCGUCGCACAGCCACGCGGCACAAAAACCCAGAGGAGCCCAAAACCCAAGAGCUGCUGGAUGGAGGGGGGCCUGGGGGCGGGGCUGGGGGCGGGGCCCACUCACACUCACUCUCCGCCCCCCAGGAGUCCUUCCCUUAUGGCCUCGGCUACACCAGCCCCUUCUCCUCACAACAGCGCCCCCACCGCCACUCUAUGUAUGUGCGCCGUGAACGACAGCGCCCCCAUGGGCCCGACCCAGGGCUGGCAGUGGGCCAGGGUGCACCCACCCGCACCAGCAGCCUGCAGCUCCUCUCCCCCCAGGUGCAGCAUCGGACCCUUACCCGCCACUCUGGGGGCUCGUCCCGAGAGGACUGCACCAAUGACGUCAGCAGGAGCGAACCGACUCCCAAUGAGGCAAGUCACAUGCGACCCCCAAUCAAGGACUCCACACGGGACAACACCGCACCAUUCCACACACCGCGCCAAAAAAAUGAGGUGGGCGCGUACCACGACCCCCACCCUGAGGACAGCGCCUCCUCCAAGGAGAACCGUAACAUCUACAGUGACUCCAUGCCCAGGCGGGUGGGCAGCUUCUACAGAGUGCCCUCCCCUCGGCCGGACAACUCCUUCCACGACAGCAGUGUCCAGAGCAGGGGACCCGCCGCUGCUGCGGAGAGCGGUGCCAUGAACAACCACUCCAAGCGACAGACGACCUUCGACCCCUGGAGUAACUCAGAGACUAUGGCCAUGAAUCCUCCUGAAGCUUCCAAGGGCAAGGAGAAGCAGGGCUUCUUCAAAGCAAUAAAGAAGAAGAAGAAGAAAUCUCAAACGACAGAAAUCGGCGAUGGAGGGAAUCCGUCCAUCAAGAAAUGUCUUUUCCCUUUAUUCAGUUCAAAGACUAAUGUAAAGCAUAGGUCUUCUGUGAAAGCGCCCCCCGCAGCCUCAUCCAUGCAGAUCUCCAGUGAUGGGCAGGAGCACCUGGCCACUCAGAAGGCCUCCAGGUCCUCCACACAACAGGGCAGCCGGCACCGGAACCGGGAUCGAGACCGGGAACGGGAGCGAGAUCGAGACCGUGACAGAGAGCGGGAGCGGGACCGAGAACGAGAGCGGGAGAGAGAGCGGGAGAGAGAACGAGAGAGAGAACGGGAGAGAGAACGGGAGAGAGAACGGGAAAGAGAGAGGGACGAGUGGCCCCCAGAGGACUUGGCCGACCCCCCUGCUCAGAACCAGCCUCUCAAGUCCCUACGCAAGCUCCUGCACCUCACCCCCUCCCCCGCCAACCAUGCCCCCCCCUCUGAACUGCGCUUCCAGCCCCUGCCUAACCCGCCCCCUAAGGGGGGAUUCGCCGAGGGCCGCAGCCACGCCGGUGCCGGUUCCGGACCCCCGAAGCCCCGGCAAGGUGGGUACCCACUGCCGGGGCAGAUAGAGUCCAGCUGGCAUGCGUCGGCCCUGGGCCGUGGCGAGAGCACCCUCUACGCAGACCAACUGACCACGAAAGGGGGACAGAAUGGACACGGCUUCAGUCGGCCCCCUCGCUCACGGAUGCCAAACCUCAACGACCUAAAGGAGACCGCUUUGUAGAGCGUGCCCCCCCACACCAACCGCAAACCCGCCCCAUACUACCACCUCUACCAACUGCUGGCCUCUCUUCAGCUCCCUCUGCUGCCUGGAAUCAGCAGUAACACACUCGGCAUUGGGAGUGUGGGGAACAGGUCAGCCCAUGGCCAAAGGGGUCUGCUCUGUAAGUCAUAGGUUUUUUAAGCUUCCAUAUUUGAUAGAAUUUGUAAUAUUAUUUAUGAAAAGUAUACCUUUUUUGUUUUGAAAUAAAUACAUAUGGUUGAAAAAUAUGUAUAUGGUAAUUAAAAAAAAAGUAUAAGUGCAAGAGCUUUAGUUUCUACAGAAAAUAAAUAUAUUAACUUUCCUGCACAAUGAGUCUAUAUUUCAUUGAAAUUAUCUAGCUGUUUGUGUUGGAAGUAUAUAGAUUUUACAGUAUUACUCUAAUAUAUGCCAUUCUUUUUGCCGUUCUUUAGUUUACCCCCUGUAAUUGUGUGAACCAAACCCCAUGACUGUCUGUUGUUCUCUUACCUUGACCAGGCAAAGUCUCACCAUUCUGGCUUAGUAACAGACAUUUGUCUUCUCUUGUAUUGCGAUACGUUUUUUUUGCUGCGAGGGUCCGUGCACUAAAUUCUCAGAAGUACACCCUCCGUGCGACCGGCUGUCAGGCACAGAAGCAGAUUAGUGCAGUGCAUUGUGGAGGUGAGAAUGAAUUAUAUGCAGGUGUACAUUUCUGGGCUAUGUGUUCGGAAGCGGAGAGUGUACCGUGCUGGUCGUUUUAAGUAUGUUUAAAUCAUGACGUCGUGAGACGCAUUUACCUGACUAGGGGGUCAGACGGAUAUACACGGUACACAGAUCCCUGAACUUUCCUGCCUGUCCAGUUCAGGACAGAUAGCCCCGUGUCGCUUCACUUUGGUGGAGGAGGGAUCUGAGCUUCACUCCCCCCGCGCGUACGCCGGGGCCAGACCAGCUGGUGCUCAGGGUGACCUUGCCGGGAGCUCCCGCUCAGCCGGACGCUCGGCACGGCACUUUGGUGCUCCUGUCCGGAACGUCGCCCUUGUCCUUUUCAGUCCCCUGCAAUCAUGCACCUUAGCCAUUUAGAUUUUAUGGGAAUUGCAGUUUUUACAAAGCAUGGGAUACAUACAAUAAAUGAUAAGAAAAACUUCACAAGAACCAUAUUUAAAAACUGCUAACCAAUGAAAAAAUAGCAAUACAUGAUUUAAGUAAUUAUGGGACCAUUAGCUUAGAGCUGGCUAUGUAGUGUUUGUAGGGUAACCGGGUGAUGUGCUGAACGUCUUCGAGACACAGAACUUUACCAGAAACACUGGUAGAUCUCCAGCCCAGUCUGGGUAAGAGAGCACCCUUUAGGGUCCAGCCCCUUCAUUUCAAACAAAUAUGAUCUAUUUCAAUAUUUAUAAAUGUCUAGCAAAGAAACUAAUUAAACAGAUCAGGUUAUAUUCUUCUGCACAAAGGCAAAACACUGUAACUACACUGAGCUACGACCUAAAUCAGGUGCAUAAGGCCCUGUUUUGUCUUGCAAAAAAUACAAUCUUACUUUAUAAACGCACAUUUCAUAAGUACACUAUGAUUUAUUUCCUGCUGCACCUACUGGUUGACACACAAAAAAAAACUUCGAAGCCCAUUUUCUCAGUCCCAGUGUCAGCGUAGUUACUGCGUUUUGCCUUUGGGGGCAGUAUUGAUGUGACACUUUAAAGAAGCUGUAUAAUCAGAAAAUUCGCACCGUUCCCCUUCAUUUUGUGUUUAAUACAUACACGGCCUGUUUUGAAUAUCAGUAUGGGAGGAGGGUGGGGGGUGUUUCUGUUAAUGCAGCGCAAUUGCGGUUACCAUGGACACCGGUCUUUUCUAUCGAAUGCGUGUUACUGGUUUGUUGCGUAAUCGCUGUUUCUACUCUACAAUAAGUUCAUGCAUCAUUUUUCUUCUGGGAUGGUUAUUGUGUUGAGCAACACGCUGUAUUAUAUUAAUACCAAUGUGUGUUUUUUUUGGGUAAUAUUUAUAAAACAAAAUGACUUUAUAGACAUUCUGCAAUGAAACAUUAGUUAUGACGUUUUUGUUAGAAAUCACGCCAUCUUGAACUUGUGGCAUGGGUUCCAAAAAUGUUUUUUUUAUUGCUGUGUUUAGGGGUCCAAGUGCCAGCGGUUAUCGCAGGACUGUUGGGGUGGGGGGCAGGGGGUAACAGUGAGCUUCUUUGUAUCAGUCUGUUUUUUUCCCAUCUAAUACGUCUGCAUGGCCUUGUCACCAACUGGUGUGGUUUGCAGGGAAGGGCUGAGAACGUUCUCUGCUGCACUUUAGCUUCUGCGUGUCAGACUUCCUCAGCGUAGCGUUCCCCCGUCGUUAUAUAGCGCCCUUAACGUGCAUGGCGAGCUUGGCCCAGAAGGAACAAGACAGCUGGAGUUGAACAUACAAACGUUUAUGGGCUGGCUUGCACGGUGCCUGUCUUUUAAGCAAUAACAUCAGAGUCAGCUGUAGGACGCUCCCUUAAGUCCCAUAUAUUUGUGACGCUCCCUUAGCUGAGACCAAUAGUUGUAUCACCCGCACUGACUAUUAGCGCCAUGUUUUACGGUGUAUUCACAUCCCGUACAGGCUUUCUGUGCCAGAGGGUGGAGAUCCACUGUGUAAUGCAGCUUAUUCGCAGUGGCCUUUAGCUCCAGGCCUGGGGAGGCUCUCGUACACAGACGUCCAAGUGUCCUGUAGAGCUGAAGGGGGAGGGAGAGCAGCAUGACGGACGGCUGAUGUUUUCACCUGACUUGCAGCAGAGUUCUGUGACACAUAUUCCAUCAGGCAGAUAGUCACAGGUUACGCAUGCAAACCAGAAAACUGUUAGUUGACUGUGGCAAAACUGUCAUCAAGUUAAAUACAGAGCAGCAAGCAGAAAGUUAUGUUGGGUCUCUUAUCUGUCGCCCUGGGUUACACCAGGUUAAUUAUUAUCAGCCAGCAGGGCCAGAUGCCUUUGGGUCCAUACGCACACCCCCAACCCCUCCCAGGAUGACGUAACAGCCUUAAUAAUUGCCAUUUAUUGUCCUUUCUGUUUAAAAACUGGAAUCCACGCAUUAAUGCCUUUCUGAAUAGUUAUGGGUGAGUGUGCUUCUUAAUCACCCCGGUGGUGUGCUGAGGGCAGGAUCUAUCCGACUCGACUCCGGCAGAUUUGUCUGUCCCACGUUUUACUCUCUGUUGUUCGCCUGGAAAGAGGGUGUCAGUACCUGCAGUCUCACACCCCAGCACCCCCUCCCCACCCCCUCGCGCUCUCUAUUAAUACAUCCUGUUCAUUUUGGAUUUAGGAUCAUUAUUAAUUUUUUUAAUUUCAACUCGCGCUGUUGUCCUGUGUAUAUUACAGAAUGAAGCUGCGAUAAAUAAUGAUGAAACACUAUAAAAGCGAUAUAUUUUUUUUUAUUUUGCGAAACCGGUGGACGUAAUGAUGACGGUAAUUUCUUCUAUGUUGAUGGUGACGAUCACAGACUGAAUGACAGCGGCAGGAGAUCUGAACUAGACAGCUUUGCGUUACUUUCACUUCACGUUUGUAGUGAGAGCGAGAGUCGGGGCUCGACGUCCAUGGUGGGCGGGGCUACUGUAUUUGGUCUCGCCCAAUGGGAGCCAACAAAUUAGCCAAUUGAAAUGGAAGCUGGUUAGACCUCUUGGUGAUUGACGGGGCAUAAUAAUCUCACCCACUAACCAUGAGGUUCAUAGCUAGCUUUCCCCAUCACAAGGUUAUAUGAACUGCAUGUGCAGGAGUGUUACGGUAAAGAAUAAAUAAAAUAUUUAACCUCUCUAACGGUAAAAUCUUGUGCAUUUCUGGGUUUUCCUUUUUUUAUGUGUUUUCUUGACGGUCAUGGGUAAAUUCACCUUGUGCGAUUGGUGUGAGUUCAAAUUCGGCAAAAGGGAACGGGGCCGAGUGGGCGGAGUCGGUGCGCCCGUGCAUCUGCUACGUCUCAGAUGGCAUCGAGUCUCCACCCCCCGUUAAGAUAUUUCGCAGCGCGUGCUGUUUAACACUCGGCCUCAGGCUUUCCGCCUUAUUUAACAAUUUUUAUGAAAUAAGAAGGCACUUUUUUAAAUAAAAUGUUUAAACAACCUCUCCCACCCCCAAGAAAGGCUGGAAUUUGGAGAUUGACUCCGCUGAUCUAAGACUGACUGACAUUUCAAAGUCCUUAUGGCUGCACUGGCUCUAGCCCUGGGCUAACAGCUUCGAUAGCUCUGAAUGUCGCCCUAAACACGCUUGUUAAUUUGCUCUUUUUCUGUCAGAUGUGUCCACUUGAUGUCUAGUCUGGUUAAUGUGUAUCUAACCUUGGCAUGUCUCUGUUGGGUCCUGUAAAUAUAACGAUCACCAUGUGAACCUGACCCCCCCGCGACUGGCAUGGAAAUGGCUCAUUCUCACUAAGCACAUUGUGUUUUUGGAUGGAUCUUGCAAAACAUGUUAUUUAUUAAAAGAAAAUACAGGUUUUGCAUUUCAGAAA